UUUCUGAUCCACGAAUCUGGUAGUUUAAUCGCCAUCUUUGCACGACCACGCAACCAUACAUCCGGGCACAAGAAACAGCAACAUGGCACCAAAGGGAAAGCUGGCGACGUGGUUGAAGAUGGGCGCAGUGUAAGCAUUCCUUGACCUCCGAUCAUUGGGCGACACCAGCACAAGAAAGCUAUGCUUUGAACUUGUGUCAUGACCCCCCCACGAACAUCCCAUCGCGAAAAACUGACGACUGGCUUCUUCCACAGCGGCGCCGUGGUAUGCGUCGGCGGCCCUGCGUUCACCAUGUGGCUGACCCCUACCGACGAGGAGUUGUUCAAGCGCUACAACCCCGAGCUGCAGAAGCGGAGUCUCGAGCGGCGGUACGAACGGCAGAAGGAGUUUGACGACUUCGUCGUGCAGCUCAAGGAGUACUCCAAGUCGGAUAAGCCGAUAUGGAUCGUGCAGCAAGAAGCCGAACAAAAGCGCAAAGAGGAACGAUUACGACAGGACGCGGCCAAGAGCGACGAGGCCAAGGCGCGGCAGGAGGCGAUGCGCAGAGAAAGCGGUCUCUCGAGCAGCACUUGAUCGCAUCUCCCGAGACGAGCGAAUGACAAGACGAGAUCCUACGUGGGCACACUGGGGACUUGCUGUCUUUCUGUAUCACUACUCUUGUACAAUGCGGAACGAAUCUUAUGUAUCAUCAUACAACAUAGGGGCCUUGGGGCUGGGAUUUGGCACGGCGUUCAUUCAUUUCGUUUUCAAUCUCGGUAUCGAUCACCUGUCUGGGAACCAUUGCAUACUCCACCAUUGGGUUCUAUCCCUCUGAGCGACUUCUAUU